CACAACACAAACUACUACAACUCCUACUCCAUAAUUUCACAUUCACCUGGGCUCGAUCUCCUUCUCAUCAAUCAUAUAUUUCCCUCAGCACUGCUUUGAUUGAGUACUGAAUACUGUUGUCUGUUUUGGAAAUGGAGAGGCAAGUGGCAACAUGGGCAGCUCAAAGGCCAGUGGUGAUCUUUAGCAAGACUACAUGCUGCAUUAGCCACUCAAUCAAGACGCUGCUUAGCGAUUUCGGGGUUAAUCCGGCUGUUUAUGAGCUCGAUCAGCUGUCUAGAGGGCAUGAAAUCGAGCAAGCGCUGUGCAGGCUCGGGUGUACAAGCGUGCCAGCAGUGUUCAUCGGAGGUGAACUUGUUGGUGGAUCCAAUGAAAUCAUGAGACUUCACCUUAAUCAAUCCUUAAUCCCGAUGCUUAAGCGCGCUAAAGCGAUAUGGGUUUAACUUUAAUCCCACUAGCUAACACCCCUAGCUACAUAUGUCAGGGAAUAAUAAGCUUGUAUUAUAAACAUAAAUAAUGUUGCUGAGGCUCUAAUUAGCUACUAUACGGUUUCUUGUGAGAGUAGCUUUGUGUUAUCUUUUUUUGCAAUGUAAUAGUGUAAUACUAUAUGUAUGUGUUUUUGGUAAUAAAAGUUAUGAAUGCGCAUUUAUUAAUCAA